AUGUCUCUACGCUGUGGGGUAGUCGUCCGCGCCAUGAGACCCCGAGUAUUUGGAAAAUAUUUAUGCAGUCCAAAGAGAAAAGAAAAGAAAAGAAAAGAAAAGAAAAAGGAAAAAGGAUUUUUACAGACUGGACCCUUCGAGCAAAAUACCUUCGAGUUUGUGUCUGGUGAUCUUACAGACAAGAGCACCUGGGAUGAAUAUAAAGGGAACUUAAAACGCCAGAAAGGAGAGAGGUUAAGACCACCUCUAUGGCUAAAGACAAGGAUUCCCAUGGGGAAAAAUUACAAUAAACUGAAAAACACUUCGCGGGAUUUAAAUCUCCAUACAGUGUGUGAGGAAGCUCGAUGCCCCAAUAUCGGAGAGUGCUGGGGAGGUGGGAAAUACGCCACUGCCACAGCCACGAUCAUGCUGAUGGGCGACACGUGUACAAGAGGUUGCCGGUUUUGUUCCAUUAAGACAGCAAGAAAUCCGCCUCCCGUAGGUGCCAAUGAGCCCUGCAAUACCGCCAAGGCCAUUGCUGAGUGGGGUCUGGAUUAUGUUGUCCUGACAUCGGUGGAUCGAGAUGAUAAGCCCGAUGGAGGAGCUGAGCACUUUGCAAAGACUGUGUCUUACCUAAAGGAAAGGAAUCCAGAAAUCCUUGUGGAAUGCCUCAGUCCUGAUUUCCGGGGAGAUCUUAAAGCAAUAGAAAAAGUCGCCCUGUCGGGAUUAGACGUAUUUGCACAUAAUGUAGAAACAGUCCCAGAAUUACAGAGGAAAGUUUGUGAUCCCAGGGCCAAUUUCGACCAGUCUCUGCGCGUCCGGAAGCAUGCCAAGGAGAUUCAGCCUGAUGUUAUUUCUAAAACAUCUGUCAUGUUGGGUCUAGGCGAGGAUGAUGAGCAAGUAUAUGCAACAAUGAAAUUACUCCGUGAGGCCGAUGUGGAUUGUUUGACGUUAGGACAGUAUAUGCAGCCGACAAAGUGCAGCCUCAAGGUUAAAGAAUACAUUACUCCUGAAAAGAUCAAAUACUGGGAAAAGGUAGGAAAUGAACUUGGAUUUCAUUAUACUGCAAGUGGCCCUCUGGUACGUUCUUCAUAUAAAGUGGGUGAAUUUUUCCUGAAAAAUUUAGUGGCUAAAAGAAAAACAAAAGCCUUCUAA